UUUUGAAAAUACAGGACAGGAAACUUUAGGUUAAUCACCCGGAAGCACUUUCCCAGAUUUCACCUUUCCUCUCAACCAGCAUGAACCAAAACCUGGGACGUAAAUGAAAAGUGAGCUUUCCUACCAGGGGACACGUUAGCAUUAGCAUUAGCACCUGAGCGCAGCACAAUGUCAACAGCACCGCAGGAACCGACAGGAGGAGCCGCCGCCCCCGCGCCUCAGCCCGGCACGAGGUUCAGGAACUGCUGGAGCUGCCGGCUCGUCUCCGGAGGUGGCUUGAUCCUGGCCGGAGCUUAUGUGUUCAUGGCGGCCCGGAGCGUGAUGCGACGAGGCGGACCCACCUCCAUGGGCACCGUGGCGCAGAUCACCUUCGCUGCAAGUUUGGCUGCGUGGGGCAUCGUCGUCAUCGCAGACCCGGUUGGAAAAGCGCAAAGAAAGGACAUGGGGACGCCGAGUACAUAAAUCAGAGACUGACAGGAUGAUCAUGUGACACCGAGACAAAUAAGACACUGCUUCCGACGAGUUGCUUUUUGUUGCAAGAGCAUCCAGCAGGUUUGGAGUUUAUCAGCUGCUAAAAUUAAAAUGGGAAGAUGUCACGUAUUUGACUAAAAUGUUGUUUUGAAAGUGUUUGUCGUCAGUGAAAUGUUUUGCACAUGACUAAUGGAAGUGUGGCAGCUGUGCACCAGUAGUGGUUUGACAUGGAGCACUUUCCACAUCCUGCACUUUGGUUUAACGUCACUGAUGGCCUCUCUGUAUCAUUAAACCAACACCAUGUAGCUGUAACAGAGGAACAGCGCCCCCUGCAGCCACACAUGGUGAAUAGUUAUGUUCUAUAAGGGCUGUCUCUUUACUGUCUCCAAGCGCAUCAAGACAGUCUGAUGUAGUUUCCCCUCUGAUCCAGCAGAGGGCGAUCACUGCCUGCUUGACCUUUUCCCUGCCCUCUCGACAGAUCAGUAAAGUAAGCCUGUGAUGUUAUGUAUUAACAUGGAGGACACUGGCAACAUGACAAACAAUCAGGCCUCUGGGGUGAGAUGUGGGAAUGAAAGCAGCAGCAUUCUUUCUCCUCCAAAUCAGCAUGCGAUCAGACUAACUGUGGCUGCUAUAUUAAGGUAAUCCGGCAAAAUUGUGAGGCUUUUAGUUUUGACCGUGAGCCUGCACACACGUGGGUUAGUCCUGGCGCUGGUGUCAUAAAUGCAUCAGUCCAAGAUGCUAUAACUUGGACCCUUGGACAGAGUCCUGAAUCUCGAAGCUCUUCUCUGAUGGUAUUUUGGUUUAGCUGUGGCUGCUUGAAUCACCUGAAUUUAAACAGUUUCUAAAUAUGUGUGAAUAAAUAAACAUUUUCAGUCAUAGUUGA